CCAGACAAUUUCCUCCUCAUAAAAGCCGCCUCUUUCAUAUUAGUUCUCACUCCCUGUGUUGAAAGUCUAAACAAACGCUGGAUAACUUCUGAACCCAAUUUUCAAUCCAAAUCCCAAAGCCACCUCUUUAAGCAAAUCCUCUAGAAAACAACAAAAACCCAACAAUCUCCUAAGUUUCUUACAACCCUUUUUUUCAAGAUUUCAUGCAAAAUAUAAGGAGCUAGACAUUGUCACCAACUAUCUUAGGCUUUGUUGUAGUUUUUGACGUUAUUCAUGACAAUAAAGUGCAUUGCCAGGCUAAGGUCACGCCGGGUGGUUCAAGACCAACUGGAUGGUUCAGACCAAGAGGCGGUUGGCGGUGGUUGCUGCUGGGCCAACCUGCCUCAAGAACUGUUAAGGGAAGUUCUGUUAAGGAUUGAAGACUCUGAAAGUAUUUGGCCUCAAAGAAAGAACGUGGUAGCUUGUGCUGGUGUUUGCAGGAGUUGGCGGCUUAUCGUUACAGAGAUCGUUAAGGUUCCUGAACUUUCAGGAAAAUUAACUUUUCCCAUCUCAGUUAAACAGCCUGGUCCAAAGGAUUGUCUCCUCCAGUGCUUUAUAAAGCGGAAUCGAUCUACCCAAACAUAUCACCUUUACCUUGGUUUAACUAAUGCACUAACCGAUGAUGGAAAGUUCCUUCUUGCUGCCCGUAAGUCUAGGCGUCCUACUUGCACAGAUUAUAUCAUCUCUAUACGGGCAGAAGAUAUGUCAAAGGGGAGCAGUACUUAUGUUGGGAAAUUGAGAUCAAAUUUUUUAGGGACAAAGUUCACUGUCUUUGAUGGACAGCCUCCUCAUGCUGGUGCAAAGAUGACCAAAAGUCGCUCCUCUAGGCUAGCAAAUUUGAAACAAGUUUCACCAAGAGUCCCUUUCGGAAACUACCCCAUCACUCACAUUUCAUAUGAAUUGAAUAUGUUGGGUUCAAGGGGUCCAAGGAAAAUGCAGUGUAUUAUGGAUUCCAUCCCUGCCACUUCGAUAGGACCAGGAGGAGUAGCCCCCACCCAGGCUGAGUUUUCUUUCAGCAAGGUGGAUCUAUUUCCAUCGAUCCCAAUCUUUCAUUCAAAAUCAGCUGGCAUGGAGAAUUUUCUAUCAGGACCUUUAUCUGGUCAAAAGGAUGGUGCACUGGUGUUGAGAAAUAAGGCUCCAAGGUGGCAUGAGCAACUCCAGUGUUGGUGCUUGAAUUUCCAUGGACGAGUGACAGUUGCUUCAGUGAAAAACUUUCAACUGGUGGCUUCUCCGGAAAAUGGACCAGCUGGGCGGGAGCAUGAGAAGAUUAUCCUCCAGUUUGGAAAAGUGGGGAAGGAUUUAUUUACCAUGGAUUACCGGUAUCCAAUCUCAGCAUUCCAAGCGUUUGCUAUCUGCCUCAGCAGCUUUGACACAAAGAUCGCUUGUGAAUGAAUGAUGCAUGAUUGUCAACAGGAGCAGGGAUGUAUGAAGAUUGGUGCAAUAAGAUUGAAGGUGAAGGAGAUACAAGUGCUGGUGUUUUGCUGGGGUUGAAGUGGAAAGAAAGCUUCUAAUCAUCUCAAGGACCAUUAACAUGACAACUCGGAUUUUGGAUUUGCUCAAAUUAUGCGAAAGAAUUAGAAGUUACAGGGAGUUAGUACAGUGGAAAUUCCUUGGUUGGCAAGUUCUAUUUAUUUUCUUCAGUUUUGUACAUAAUAACUAUUUUUACAAGGAUCUUCCUUUGCUCUGUUUCUAGUCCGCCAAUGUAAUUGUUGAACUAAUUUGCAUAUGUUUUGGGAAAAAAAGUACAUUCAUUAAGGAAUAUAACCCCAAUUAUACUUUCUGAACUUUA